GCAUACGUCAUCUCGUUGUAGUGCAUCUAUAUAUACGCAUGUGUGCCAGCCAUUGUCACAUUAACCAUGGAUCGCCCCUCACCCCCACAAGACCCGGCAAUUGACUCAGAGAGGUCCACCACAGCCGCACCACAGGCAUCCAUCGUGGCUGUAGUCGCCGGAGCAACGGGGCUCGUGGGGGCGGAGCUCGUGGCUUUACUGGCAUCCCGGCCAGACUGUUCCAAGGUCUAUGCCGUGGCCCGUCGUUCACCUGGGCACGACGCUGACAACCACCACCAUCAGAAGCAGUGCCAAUCCAUUGCAUGCGAUCUUCUAAAUCGAGAAGUGACUGUGUCAAAGCUCUCGGAGCUUGAAGAUGUGACCCACAUCUUCUGGACCACUUGGGCUGUCGACUUCCCUUUGGACUCCCCCGAUUGCUCUGAUAUGAAUGCGAAGAUGAUGGCGAACACCCUCGAUGCCCUCCUUCCGAAUGCCCCGAACCUCAAACACCUCACCAUCCAAACCGGCACCAGACACUACAUCUCCCAUAAAAUCAUCAUGGAAACCGGCAAAUCUUUAGAGGAAAAGAACCAUCGUUAUGAUGAGGAGAGCCCGAGAACAACCGAUGGCCAUUGUUUCUACUAUGCUCUCGAAGACAUGGUCGUGCCCAAACUCCUCCAAACACAAGUUUCAUGGUCAAUUCACAGGCCCGGACUCUUGAUGGGAUGCUCCACUUCUUCACUAUUCAACGUAGUCGGAUGCUUGUGCGUUUACGCGAGCCUAUGCAAGCACCUGAGCAUGCCUUUUCUGUUUUGUGGGAUUCCAGAGUGCUGGGAGGAGCCCUACAUCGAUGCCUCCGAUGCCCGGCUCGUGGCCCGGCAACAUAUCUGGGCAGCAAUCGACGGUGUCGAUGCCACCAAGGGACAGCCAUUCAACGCAAUCAAUGGCCAGGAUUUCACAUGGAAGGAGAUGUGGCCCAAGAUAGCAGCCAAGUUCCAACUGGAGCAGCCGGAGAUGUCACCGAAAAGUGGGGAUGGGUGGUUUUCUCCGGCCAGGUCCGUGGUGGAAACAAUGGGCGACAAAGGGGAAAUUUGGGCUGAGAUCAUUGAAAGGAAUGGGCUGAGAAAAACGAAGGUGGAGGAGAUGGCAAAUUGGUGGUUUUUGGAUGGGUUGUUCAGGAUGCCCUACAAGAUUUUGACCACCGGAGAAAAGGCCAACCGGUUUGGAUUCACCCACACCUGCGACACUGUCUCUUCCAUUCUCUAUUGGAUUGACUUCAUGAGACAAGAGAAACUCGUGCCUUAAGAGUCCCUUCUUUCAGGGUGCUGAAAACACUGUAAUACCAUGCAUGCUCCCUAUAAUAUUUCUUACCAAUAUUGUCAUGUCCGUGCCUUUUAGUUAAAGAGUGCGGUUU